AUGGGACAAGCGGCAUCUGUACCCACAGACAAGACACGAAAAUUAGAAGUGAUAGAUGCUGGAUUUUCACGAACCGGGACUCUAUCAUAUGCCUACGCCUUAGAAAGACUUCUCAAUGGACCUGUGCAUCAUACGGCGACCCAACUUUUGAAUCGCGAAGAUGAAUAUUGCAAGAAAUGGAAUCAGGUAUACAGAUAUCGACGUGAGGGCGAUCACCCAGAAUUGCUCAAAGCGUUGUCGGGCGUGUUCGCGGGCUUCGUUGGGGCAACAGACGUUACAGCGAUUGACUUCAUUCCGGAACUUAUAGAACUCUACCCGGAGGUACAAGUCAUUCUUGUAACACGCGAUCAGGAAGCGUGGUGGAAAAGCUUCAAAACAGUCGCCGAAAACGCCGGCAGCAAAGCCAUGGGAUACAUUAUGAUGCCGCUCCCUGGUGCUCGAUGGUUUGUCGACACAGCAAGAGGUUUCUUUGAGGCGUGA